AUGCAAGUACAUGUUAAGAUACCGUUGAACCGCGUUGCCGGAUUUGUAAAGCGCCUGGCAAAUUACCUGACAACAAUGGAAAAUCCAGUACUUACGGCAACUCUCAUAGCCAUAUGCAGUUAUUUCCAGUCUCACCCUAAGCUAGAAUUUCUGAUCGACGAUGAAGAGUUUGGCAGCGGAAAUUUUGACCCCGACGUCAACGAUUUAGAACACUGCAAUGCUCUCAGUUCUACCCUUUCUGAGCUGCAGCCGCUGCUGAGGCAUAAUUCAGCGGAUGUGCGUCAGCUUGUCAGGCAUAUUUUAAAUCGACUGCCGGCCACCGGCCCCUAUGCAUUUCCACUGAAAUUUAUGGGCAGGUAA